CGAAACUCUUCCGUUUUCCAUAAAGUAAUUAGUAAUGACAUAAUCAGGGACGAAAUUUCCCCCUGUAAAUAUUUCGCCCCCUCCCACAACGACUUCCGACCAACUGCCAUACCCAACUAAACACGAAGAGUCUUGAAACAAUCAAGCCAACAUGAAGCAGUGGAUCACCAACCAAGAUGGUCUUGAGAAUCUCAAGUUGGUAGAUGCGCCAGCGCCAGAUGAGACUAGACUGAAGGAGGGUGAAGUUCUUGUCAAAAUCAGUCGAGUCUCGUUGAAUUAUCGCGAUACUGAAGUCUGCAUGGGCUUAUAUGGCCACCAUGACUCUAUGUCGCAGGGCGCCAGCGGCCUGGUUCCUUGUUCGGAUAUUUGCGGUAUCAUCGUUAAGACCGGGCCCGGUGUGUCCGACCUCAAGGAAGGCCAGCGUGUCAUGUCCACAUUCAACCAGACCCAUGUCAAGGGCCAGGUGACACAGAAGGAUAUGGGUUCUGGUCUCGGUCUACCGCUGCCAGGCUGCCUGACCGAGCGCCGGGUCUUUCCGGACUACGGACUCGUCAAGGUGCCGGACUACAUGUCGGACGAAGAGGCAUCUUGUCUGCCCAUCGCAGCGGUUACGGCGUGGAUGGCGAUCAACGGCUUCCAGCCCAUGGGCCAGCCGCUGAGUGGCAAGGACAAGGUGGUUUUGGUUCAGGGCACCGGUGGGGUCUCCAUCUCGGGACUGCAGAUCGCCAAGGCGCUCGGCCUCACGGUGAUCGUGACGUCCUCAUCAGAUGAGAAGCUUGAGCGCGCAAGGGAGAUGGGCGCAGAUCACACGAUCAACUACCGUACGAACCCAGAAUGGCACAGCGCCGUUCUUGGGAUCACCGGCGGAAAGGGUGUCGAUGUUGUAUUCGAGACUGGUGGCGCCCAAACUUUGAGCAAGUCGUUUGACUGUGUUGCGUUCGGCGGUCUGAUCAGCUGUAUUGGCUACUUGUCCGGAAAGGAGGACGCCCCUGGAAAUAGAAUGAACACGAAUCUGCUAGCGCUGAAGCGGAACGUCACGCUGAAGGGGAUUUUGAAUGGUCCCAAGGACAGGUUUGAGGAGAUGUUGGGGACGUAUGAAAAGGCACAGAUCCAUCCCGUGGUGGACAAGACAUUCGAGUUCGGCGAGGCAAAGGAGGCUUUCCAGUAUCUCUUUGCAGGCAAGCACUUCGGAAAGGUUGUUAUCAAAGUCGCAUGAGAUCGAUGAAAACACUUGUUCGAUGGAUAAAAGAAUAAACUGUCGUUUCUCUGCUAUUAUCU